AUGGGCUCUGCCAAAGACAAGAAAGUACCAAAGACAACCAAGGCUGGCAGACCCUCCAAGGAGAAAAAAACGAAAACUCCUCCUGUUAUACAUGACUCAGAAACUCAGAAACCAAGACCAAAACCAAAACCAAAACCCAUCAGCAAGCCUGGCAGCAAAAAAACCUCCGUGACAUCACCUCUGGACAUUGAUUCAUUGCCUCAGGAUGUUCUAACAGCAACCCAGGGACUCCUUGGUCUUUCUAAUGGCUUGAAAGAGGAUCAAGAGUAUUGUGACUUGGAGCAACCUGACCCUAAAGAUGAUGAUGCAGAGAAUGGAGGCAGGGUAACCUUGGAUCCAGAAGCUAUGAGCAACAGUACUGAGUCCUCAGACGAGGAAGAUGAGGAGGACAAAGACAGUGCUUUCAAUCUUGAAUUUAUGGUCCCUAUUGAUGGUGCAACCGAUAGCACUACAUACUCUUCCAAUAUCACUUGGACCGACUUUCAUUACCAGGUUGCCGACGAAAUGGGUAUUCACAUGAAAGACCUGAAUCUUGCAUACCAAUUUAGCACAAUGCUGCAGAAAGAGCUGCCUUGUAUGCUCCAGACACCUGUGCAUCUUGCAAGACUAUUCAUGGCUGCCCAGAAAGAGCUGAAUGAGCAAGCAAAAUCCAAAUCUAAGGCAAAGCAGAAGGAGUUCAAGGUGGUUCUCAUUGAUCGUGAUGCUGGUAAAAGAGGAAAAAACGAAGGUGGUCGCAAAGAUGGCCAGAAGAGGGUGAAGUCGAAGAAAGAUGAUAGUGAUUCUGAACAAGCAGGAGAUAGUGAUGAGACAGACAUUGCACCAAAGAAGAAAACAGCGCCACAAUAUAUUAUCGAACUGCAAGCAGAACAUGCAUGUGGUAACCAUAGUGGCGAGUACUGUCCUUUGGAGUCUGUUAUUGAAAUGUCUUCUCAUCCAUUUCCAUACUAUUAUCCAUACCCACCUCCACCACCACCUGGAUAUGGAGCUCUACACUAUCAUCACUAUCCACCACAGACACCGACACCUCAAGCUUCUUCAUCUCACGCUCAUUCACAUCUUAAAGUUCCCAGUUCAGACUCUUUUGAUCCGAAUGAUGCACCAACAAUUUACCCACAUGUUCUGGAGUGGCUGUUCAAGUUGGAUUCAGGCAAGCGUGGAGCUGAUGGCCAGGUGUGGGGACAGUAUGCUAGUGUACUUGAUAACAGUGGAUACAAGUGA